UGAGCAUGCUCAGUCGAGGGUUCAACUGUCGGCCUGGCUCGAGAUUAGCUUCCCUUUACCUGACAGAGGGACACUGAGACAGAGUAUCUCCUCAAGAUACCAUGGAAAAGUAUGAGAUUUUGCAAAUGCUCAGACCUGGAGCCUUAGGAGUGAACCUGGUGGUGGAGGAGAUAGAAACUGAUGCCAAGUACGUGAUAAAACAGGUGGAGUGUAUUGAUGAGCAUCAUGCCAAUGAGGCCCUGGAGGAGCUGAUGCCCCUGCUGAAGCUCCAGCACCCCAACAUCUCUCUGUACCACGAGAUGUUCAUCAUAUGGAAAAAUGAGAUCUCCUCUCUGUUCCUCUGCCUGGUGAUGGACUAUAUCCCCCAAGGAACGUUCCAGGAUAUCUUGGAGAAUAAGAGGAAGCUAAAAGAACCUAUUGACUCUGAGUGGAUAAACAACAUGCUAAGCCAGGUGUUGGAUGCCAUCGAGUACCUACAUCAUCUGAACAUCAUUCACAGGAACCUCAAGCCUUCCAACAUUGCUGUUAUCAACAACAGCUACUAUAAACUGCAGGACUUCAGCUCCCAUGCACUGAUGACCCACGAAGCCAAGUGGAAUGUCCGAGCAGAAGAAGACCCCUGCCAGAAGUCCUGGAUGGCUCCGGAAUCUCUUAAAUUCUCCUUCUCCUGCAAAUCUGACAUCUGGUGCCUGGGCUGCAUUUUUCUAGAUGUGGCCACUUGCUCCUUCUUGAACGACACAGAAGCCAUGCACCUGCGGAAGGUCAUCCGCCAUCACCCAGGCAACCUGAAGCUCAUGCUGAAGUCCAUAGAGGAGAAGCAGGUCCCCAGUGCAGAUAUGUUGUGUUCGCUUCUGUCCUCCAUGCUGCACAUCAACCCCUCCGACCGACCAGCCAUCAAGGAUGUGAUCCGAACAGCCUUCAUGAGCGCCUCCUUCAGAAACUCCUGUGUUGCUCUGAACAUGCACCGGCAGGCGGUUCCCAUUUUCAUCACCGAUGUGCUGCUAGAAGGCAACAUAGCCAACACCUUAGAUGUCAUGCAGAAUUUCUCUACCCGCCCAGAGGUCCAGCUCAGGGCCAUUAAGAAGCUUCUGACAAUGCCAGAGGAAGAGCUAGGCCUGCCAUGGCCCACAGAGCUGGUGGAGGAGUUGGUCAACAUCAUGAGGCAGCACGAGAGGAUCCUGGACAUUCUACUCAGCACCUGCUCCCUGCUACUGCGUAUUCUGGGCCAAGCACUGACACAAGACUCAGAAGCUGAGACCCCGAGGAGCAGAUCCAUCAUCUCCUUCCUGAUGAAUGCCUUACACAGCCACCCCAACUCCGAGAAGCUCGUCUCCAAGGUCUACAAUCUGCUCACCAUUAUCUCCAGCCAAGGGCUGGUGUCGGAGGAGCUGGAGGAGGAGGGGCUGUAUCAGCUUGCCCAAGAGCACCUGGACCACUUCCAGGAGGACAGGGACAUCUGCCUCGCUAUCCUGAGCCUGCUCUGGUCCCUCCUGGUGGAUGCUGCCACUGUGAACAAAGAGCCUUUGGAGAACCUUGCAGCCAUAGUCACCUGUGUGCUGGCUACUCAUCUGGAGGACGUGGAAGUCACUGAGGCUGGCUGUGGGGUGCUCUGGCUGCUGUCUUUGUUGGGCUGCACAAAGGAGAGUCACUUUGAGCAGGUGGUAGCGCUGUUCCUGAGAAGCAUCCAGCUGUUCCCUGGCAGAGUGCUGCUGGUGAACAACGUAUGCCGCGGCUUGGCCAGCCUUGCAAAGGUGUCUGAACUGGCGGCCUUCCGAGUGGUAGUACUGGAAGAGGGCAGCAGCGGCCUCUACGUCCUCCAAGAUAUCUACCAGCUCUAUGAGGAUGACCCUGAGGUGGUGGAGAACAUCUGCAUGCUGUUGGCCCACCUGGCCUCCUACAAGGAGAUCGUGCCAGAGCUGGAGUCUGGAGGCAUCAAACACCUAGUCCAGGUGAUCCGGGAGCGCUUUACCUCCAGCCUGGAGCUGAUUUCUUAUGCUGAUGUGGUACUUCAGGCACUGGAGGCAGCUGCACACCUCAGCCCCUAG